CAUAAACACAGCUCGGUUUCAUAGCAGUGGACAGACCGACUGUCUCCACCCAUUCAGGCUACGAAUAAGGACACCACCAGCCUGCCAGCAUUGGAUCUUUCCCUACUCUGGAUCCCUCUGCAUCAGUGGACAAAAUAAUGGAAACACCAUAUGAAAGAGAACUUUGGAGCACCUGAGUAGCUAUUACUGAGCCUGCUGCCUGUCUAUUACCUGGGAUUGGUUGUCAACUCUAAAAGAGAAAGUCAACACUCUUAGUAGGAGUGUUCAAAGCAAUAUGAGUGACUUAACAGAGUUUGAAAGAUGCCAGAUAGUUGCUGCGAGACUAUCAGGUGCAUCCGUCACCAAAACCGCUCAGCUGUUCAAUGUGGCAAGGGGAACAGUCUCCAGAGUCAUGACCGUGUACAUCAAACAUGGACGAACAGCAUCUGCAAAGAAGAACAGCGGGCGCAAGUCAAAGCUCACAGAAAAGGAUAGACAGACACUCCUCAGGAUAGUCAAUGAACACCCUGAGUAUACAGCCUCAAAAAUAACCACAGAGUUGAACAGACACCUCUCUCACGCCGUCUCUGUGAAAACUAUACGGCGUGAGCUUCACAAAGCUGGUAUUUUUAGAGGAACAGCCAAUCGGGUAACAGAGGCAGAGACGGACACAGAAAAGCAUGACAGAGACUGCACCAAACCAGAAUCUGGGUCUAGUGACAAAGAGUGUGACACGCAAAAAACUGAAGAAGAGAGCUCCAGGUCUGGAAUACAAACAAAGGACAAAGACUGUGGCAGACAGAAGCUUGCAGGAGAGAAAACAAAAUCUGAACCACGGGCUAAGGGUGGAGAAUAUAGCACAUAUAAGCCUGCUGAAACCAGCACGGGAUCUAAACCACAGACCAAUGAAGAGAUCCAGAACUCACAAAAACUUGAUGACAAGAACAGGGGUCCUGUACCUCAGUGCAAUGACAGGACAUAACCUGGACUAAUGUGUUGUAUUUCAGCCUUUCUGAUACACUCAGAUUGGUUAUGUUAAAAGAAAACCACGGGAUGCCUUCACCCCAUAAUGUCGCCAGCUGUUUAAUAUGCAAUUGGAUCUAUAAUGGCAUUGAAGUUAUUAGGUUUGAUUAUUUAUUUUUGCAUGGGUGCAAUGUUCAAACUUUUGACUAUUUCUUGGUUUACAAGCAAAUAUAACAUUAAUCCAGAUUGAUGAUAUUUGCCUAACAUGAAUGGAAUUAUUCAUAAUGUAGAUCUUAGAAUAUUAUGAUAUUGUUCAAUACAAAACACCCAAUU